AUGCGUUUUGGCAAUCCCACACUCCAUGGCGAAACGGCCGCCAUCAACAAUUGCUCCGAAAUUCUGACAUCUGAGCCAUAUAAUCUCAAAGGACCUGAGGCUCUCAAAGCUUUCCAGGACUUGAGCCUCUACACCACUGCUGAAGCAUGUCCCAUGUGCGCCACAGCAAUGCGUUGGGCAGGAUUCAAGGACUACGUCUAUGGCACAUCGGGCAAGACGUUGACAAGCCAGGGGUGGCCUCAAUUGACACUAUCCUCAUCCGAGCUCUUCGAACACACCUCGAGUCUCCCGACUGAGACCCGCAUCGUUCCUGAUAUUCUCGCGGCUGAGACUGAUCCACUGUUCCGCUGGCAGUAUGAUAACUCAGGAAGAUGCCCUCCAGGAUGCCGGCGUGCGAGAGCCGAUGAUGCUGAAGGUAGUCGGACAUGUAUCCCCGGCGAAGAGAGUGAGGAGGAUCUGGCUGCAGAGGUAGCCGGAGAUGUCGUCAAAGGUGCUGCAAAGGGCGCAAGCGGGAUCUGGUCGCUGCUCUCGGUCUUCUUCAAAGUCGCCGCCCCAGUUGCUGACGAACUAUAA